AUGCAGACCUUCACCACUCUCGUUGCCACCUUCGCCGCUCUCAGCGGCGUCUCUGGCUCUCCAUUAACCCACCUCUUCGCCCGAGACACUUGCGGAUCUGCACCCACUGCCAGUGGCUCUCAGACUCCAAUCCAACAACCCACCGACAUCAAAACCGCCUCGGCUUGCCAGAGCGCCUGCAAUGCUAAUGGCCAAUGCCAAUCCUUCGUCUUCGGCAUGGUUGACAACACCAUCAAGUGCAUGCUAUUCUCCGUCCCCGCAUCUCAAGUUCCGGCGCAGAGCUCCCAGAACCUCGUCGCUUUCGACAAGGCAUGUACUUCUGUUCCGGCUGUCGCUCCGACCUCAAGCAACCCAACUGGCGCGAACACUGGCCAGGGCACCAACCAGGGCACCAACAGCGGCAAUAACCAACAAGGAGGUAACAAGCCAGCUGGUCAGAAACUUGCUGCCCGCGAUACAUGCGGCGCAACACCUGCCGGCAGCAAUGCCAACCAAGCCCCCCUGAGCCAGCCUGCAAACAUCAAUUCCGCCGCUGAUUGUCUGACCAAGUGCAAGAGCGACCCCAACUGCAAGAGCCUCGAAUUUGGCCCUGAGAACGGUGCCAAUGUGUGCCGCCUAUUCAGCGUCGCUGCCUCGGCUGUUCCGGCUCCGACUAAUGGUCAGAGCUUCCAGGUUUACGAUGUUGGUUGCUCAGUCUAG